AUGCAUGGCAACUCCAAACCACCAAAUAAUUCAUUAGAUAGAGGCGAAUUAGCUACUCCUUGUAGUACUAUACAACAAACGGGUAUGACAGCAUCUGAUUGGAAUAAACGAUGGGAGAAUAAGGCUAACGUGAGGCGCUGGGAACUCACUAUUAUUCAUCCAUUUUUGGAGAAAUAUUUGCCUUCAUCUACCACUCAUCAGCGUGUUAUCGUCCCACUUGCUGGCAAGACAGCAGAUUUAUUUUGGCUCGUUGAUAAAGGAUUUCAGGUAAUUGGAAUCGAUUGUAGCUCUUUGGCUUUUCAAGAACUGUUGGAUGAGCAAAUUGGAACUGGCAACUACACAUUGGAACAGCGAUCCCCUAAUUGCUCCAUUUAUUCAGCAUGCGAUAAUCGACUCGUUCUAGUCGCAUGUGAUAUAUUUGCGGACGAACUCGCUCCAUCCCUUAUCGGUGGUCCUGUUUCGUUUGUUUGGGAUCGAGCUGCGUUGGCUGCUUUACAUCCUGCAGAUCAUGCUCGUUACAUCGAAAAACUCAAACAGUUAUCGAAGACCAAUGCACUAUUUUUGUUCAGUGUCUAUUGGCACUCGGGUCCAACUGAUAGAGAUCCACCAUUUCCCAUCAGUACUGAAACCAUGAACAAACUCUUUUCAUCUGGUGAAGUAGUUAAACUCGACGAAUUGGAUUCUAUGAAUGAAGAUUGGACACAAGUUGGAUAUAAAGAUUUAUGCGAACGAUGUUAUCGAGUUCAGUUUUAA